AUGACUCAAUAAAUAAAUAAAAACAUUUUUAAAGAAUAAUUAACUUUUUAAUUAAGCUCAUUUAUUUUCAUUUAGUAACUUUUAAUAAUUUUUGAUUUAAAAAUUUUUGAAAUCUAUCUAUCUAUCUAUUCAUUAAUUAAAAAAAGCGAAAACAAACUUACAUAUUUAGAUAUGAGAUUUUUGAGGAAAGCCUUAGAUUAAAUUAAAAACCUAAAUAGAUUAGAACUUGAUUUAAGGAAAAACAAAAUCUCAAGGAGUAGCUUUUUUGAGUUAGUUUACGGAUUAAAUAAUUUCACUAAACUUUAAUAUUUCACUAUUGAUUUGAGCACACAAGAUUUAUCAACUAAGCAAAUUAACAUUUAUAAUUAAAUAUAAAGUUUAGCAAAAUUAUAACAGCUUUCCUACUUUAACUUUAAAAUUGAGUAAAUUAAUUUAUUUUACACAUUAUUAUUUUGCUAAAUUAGUUAACUUACUUUUUAUUAUUAAAAAAAAGCUUAUUAAGCUAUGAUCUUUAUUAAAAAUUAACUCAUUUUAUUAUUAACUUAAAACAUAUUAAUUAUAUUGUGA